AGCUAAAAUACCUUUAAAACUGAAGGCCAGCAUUGCUGAACAUUCCUGGUAUCCUCAUGAAUGCAUCUACAUAAGGAAGUCAGAGAAAAUGUCUAGUGAUACAGAUUCAAGUUCAGCUGAUGUCGGCAACUAUAGUGGUAGUUCUCAUUGUUUAAUGAUGUUAUUCAAGGCAUUACCAAAUGUGCCAGUGUUAAGAAACCAUGUCACAUGACAGAUAUUUAGCAUAAGAGAAGAAAUAACUUAGGGGUUUGGGAUCAGUAUGUGGAAGGGGCAGUAUACCAGGUAUCUUGGACAGCAGGACAAAGAUGAAUGGUUGAGUGGUGGUGCACACCUAUAAUCCCAGUUACUCCAGAGGCUGAGUCAGGAGAAUCGCUCCUAGCCCAGGAGUUUGAGGCUUGCCUGGGUAACAUAGCAAAAAAAGUUAAAAAUUAAAAUUAAAAUAAAACAAAGAUGAAUGAGUGAAAACUUUAUGGAGAUGUGUGAGUAGAAAAGACUGAGGUGAAUGGCACUGCCACCUGUGGGCAGGGCCCCCUUUUGAGAUUGGUAUGUUCAUUAGAUGAGGCUGGGGACUCCAUUGUGGAUACCAAUAAAGAAUGUAUUAGAUGGGAGACUAAAAAUCUGUAUAGUUCUCAGACUGGAUUACUCUUUGAUUUUCCAAAUGAAGAUUAUAGAAAAUGAUGCCAGCCCAGUAGUGUCAAGUUUCUCAGCCACACUAAAAGUCCAACAAGUAACUACAAAUUCUUCUCAUUCAGGAGCACAGCACCAUGCAGAAGUUACAUUGCACGCAAGUUGACAAGAUUGUAGCACAGUAUGACAAAGAGAAGUCGACUCAUGAGAAAAUCCUAGAGAAAGCAAUGAAGAAGAAGGGGGGAAGUAAUUGUCUCGAAAUGAAAAAAGAAACAGAAAUCAAAAUUCAGACACUAACAUCAGAUCACAAAUCUAAGGUCAAAGAGAUCGUGGCACAGCACACAAAGGAGUGGUCAGAAAUGAUCAACACCCACAGUGCUGAGGAGCAAGAAAUCCGGGACCUGCACCUUAACCAGCAGUGUGAGCUACUGAGAAAGCUGCUGAUCAGUGCUCACGAGCAGCAAACCCAGCAGCUGAAACUGUCCCAUGACAGGGAAAGCAAAGAAAUGAGAGCCCACCAGGCUAAGAUUUCUAUGGAAAAUAGCAAAGCCAUCAGCCAAGAUAAAUCUAUCAAGAAUAAAGCAGAACGGGAAAGGCGAGUCAGGGAGUUAAACAGUAGCAACACUAAAAAGUUUUUAGAAGAAAGAAAGCGACUUGCAAUGAAGCAGUCCAAAGAAAUGGAUCAAUUGAAAAAAGUACAACUUGAACACCUAGAAUUUCUAGAGAAACAGAAUGAACAGCUUUUGAAAUCCUGUCAUGCAGUGUCCCAAACGCAAGGCGAAGGAGGUGCAGCAGAUGGUGAAAUUGGAAGCCGAGAUGGACCGCAGACCGGCAACAGUAGUGUGAAGCUCCAAAAUGCAAACUGAAGCAACAAAACCACAAAACACCAGAUCAUUCCCAACUUCUGAACACAAACUCCAUGGACAAAAGCAUUUUUCUUUUGUGUUUCCUUUAUGUGUAGACAAGAUGUUACCUGAAGCCCAGAGACUUGGGAUGACUUAUGUACUUCUGUUUAACAGUUUGAGUAUUGAGUUUCCUUGGCCAACCAAAAAUAGCUAUGAAUCCACAAAAAUCUCCUCUUCUAGUCAGGCAGAGUGUAACCAUUGAUAAUACAACUUAAACAUGUUUGCCAUAAGAUACCAUCACAAGUAAAUGAGCUUGGUGUUAACAACUCUGCUUUGUGAUGCAUUAAAACAUGUUUGAGCUGCAGCAAAAAUAGUGCAUUAGCAAUUUAAUGGCAAGCGCAUGCACUAAAAGAAAAACAAAAACUCUGUCUACAUUAGCAGAAGUGGUGGUCUGCUAGGCAAAUGGUUUUCCAGAAUUUUUCUAUAUCUGAGUUACCUCAUCAGUAAGUGCCAUGUCUUUACCAUGCUAUAAGAAGCUAAUUUCCUAUAAAAGUUUGUGGAAAUCAUUAGAACAAUAGAGAAAUAUAACAGAAGAGUGUACCUGUGCCAAAACUCAUCAUUGCUCAAAGGGGAACUCUGUUAGGCUCAUUUAAGAAAGUUUACGUCUGACACUGCUUUAUAGGAAUUGCUUCUGCAGAUCCCAGAUAUUAUAAUUCACUAUUACACCGUACAGAUUGUGAAGUGGUUAUUGGCAAAUGUUUGUAAAUGUGACCAUGUAUAAAGUAUUUAUACUCCUUAAUUCACACUGUUAUAGAGCAAAAUCAUCUAAGUAUUGCCACAUGACAAGAUUAGUAAACAGGACUACUAGAACUAUGUUUUGCAUGAUAAACAAGCACCAAUUAAGACUAAUCCGUUCAGACACAGUUAACCUAAUGCCAAAUAAACACUGGUUAAAUAAAUGUAUGGCACAGAAUAUAAUUUGACUAUGAAGACUUUUAGCAUUAUGAAAAAGUCUAUAUAUAAUGUGUAUAUGAAUUAUGUGGGCAUUCUUGAUACUUCAAGUUCUAGUUUGAAAAAAAUACAUAACUAAUUUAAUUUUACACAAGAAUAUUUAUGCAGAUUUUCAGAAUUUCAUAUCAGGAAAUAACCUUUUUAUGUCUGUUAAAUAUCCAAACAAUUUGCUACAGUGUUACUCUGCAUGGUCUUUACGCCUGCUAUAGUUGUGUUGCAGACAGCGCAUGAAGAAGUACAAUGCUGGGAAUUGAGCCAUGCCGCCACAGCCGGGAGGAGCGCAUGGAGACCUGGUAGCCUAAAACUAAUCAGAGUACUGAUUUUAAGACACAAAAUGCCAACCAAAUUGUUGUAUAUGCUUGUACAAAUUGGUUCUGUGUGUUCCUCUGAACAAAGCAGGGAAAAUGAUAUCAUCAAUAUUGAAAUUCAACUUCCAACUUCUCUAAUAAAAAAUGAAAACACAUUUAACACUUGUCAGUAUUUGC